GUCAGUCAGUUGCUACAGACGUGUUGGAAGUCCUGAACAGUGCUGACCGUCCAGCUAUACCACUUCUCUUCUAAGCAGAACGAAAAUUAAGCCAUUUGACCAUAGUUUUUUAAAACCUACAGAAUGUUAAGAUGGAGUCGUUGUCCAUAAGCAACCGUGCGUGGUCCGUCCGCUCCGUCAGGUCGGCCAAGAUGGCCAAAAAGUCGGCGGGAAAUGCCGGCGGUGUGCGCUCGAGUUUCGCGUUGCUCAUCAUGUUGAUCAUUCACGUUCAAGUCACUACGGCCAGUUGGUGGUUAUUGGGGACUCCGAGCGUCUAUCAGAGCACGUUGGAGUUGACGCCGACUAGCUACAAGGACCAUUGCAAGCGGCUCUAUUACCUCGUCGAGAAGCAGCGUGAGCUCUGCGGCCUUUCACAGAACGUACUUUCGACAAUCAGCUUAGGAGCAAAAAUGGGCAUUAGCGAAUGCCAAAGUCAGUUCCGCUCCCAACGAUGGAAUUGUUCGACAUUCGACGAGUCCACGUCCGUCUUUGGAGGCGUCCUGUCCAUCAGAAGUCGCGAGAGGGCGUACGUGUACGCUAUUAGCUCUGCUGGUGCUGCCUACGCUGUGACGAGGGCUUGUUCGCGCGGAGAAAUUACCGAGUGCGGUUGCGACGGCAAAAUUCGACAGAAACCUUCAAAAGGUUUCGAAUGGGGAGGCUGCUCGGAGGACAUCACUUUUGGUGAAAGAUUCAGCAAGGAGUUUGUCGACGCUCGUGAAGAUAACCAGCAAGCCGAAGGACUGAUGAAUCUUCACAACAACGAGGCCGGAAGAAGGGCUAUCCGAAGCCGAAUGGAGUUGGUGUGCAAGUGCCAUGGUGUCUCUGGAUCUUGCUCCAUGAAAGUUUGCUGGCGCAAAAUGGCAGCAUUCUCUGAGAUAGGAGCUGCUUUGAUGGAGCGUUUUGAAGGGGCUUUCCAGAUGACUUACCGUGGCGGCGGCGUCGCCAUUAGUAGUAGCACGAGCAGCCGCGUCGCCAAAAAACUUAAGAACAAAUUACUUGUCGUCGACAAGAACAUGAAAAAGCCAACCAAAAAGGAUUUGGUCUACUUAGAUGAUUCACCCGACUACUGCGAACGUAACCAAACGUUGGGAGUGCUGGGUACAAAGAGCCGAAUUUGCAACAAGACGAGCAAAGCCAUCGAUGGUUGUAGCCUCUUGUGCUGUGGGCGCGGUUACCAAACGCGCUGGAUCGACCUGGAGGAAAAAUGCAACUGCCGAUUCGUUUGGUGCUGUCACGUUCAAUGCGACAUUUGCAGACAACGCAAAGAGCUUCACCUCUGCAAUUGAUGUAUCAGACAGUUGUGUAUACCGUCAAAAAAGUCGCAAGAUAUGCAGGUCUCUUUACGAAUUGCAAAGUUUUUUCUUUUUUGUUUCACCUAGUGGCUGUGAAUAAUUGCUAUCCCUCCCAAACAUCCGUAUAAAGACAAAUGCGACGGGUUCACCUGACACCCAGACUAUUUUUGGGGGACAUUUCUAACCCUUGUUCUUUUUCUGCAGUUAUCUGUUUCGCGUGGUAUUCGCUUUUUUUUUACCAGUAACAAAUCUUUGUGACGGUAUUUGUACGGACGAUUUGCUUAUGGCAAACGUCAAGCUCAAUAGUAGACCGAAACAAGAGAGAAACAAACAAACAAACAAACAGGUGAAAAGACGAAUUUUGCGGAAAGAGAAUCUCCCGCUUAUUUUAUUACCCAACCCAAGUAGUCAAUUUCCAUUGGAUGCCACAUCGACCAUUCGAAAUUUCUGAUAAAUUCACCUUAAUUUUUUAAUAUGAGAUUUUUUUUAAAAUAACCAUAUUCAGUUACAGCCAUAUAAAGAGCCACAUCAAAUACUUUUGUCAUAUUGGUCUGCUUCAUUCUCAUAUUUUAUUGUCGUGUGUCAUCAUAUUUGCUUUGUCCUGGGUCUCAUAGGAACCACCGGUUCCCAUAGAACCAGAGCUACUUUCAAAUACAUUUGUAAAUAACCAGUUUUGUCCGUUCGUAUUGAGAAUGUGUCUCAUGUUAAGGCCUUUGCCUCAUUUGCGGAAAAUAAUACACCGACUCCCGACACAAAA